CGAUUGGGGGCUGCAACGUUAUGCAGCACUAAAAUACACUGUAUUGAAAUAGUUUUUCCAGACGCGCCUGCCAUUUAACGAAAUUGUUAAUUAUUUAGUUGCGGGAGCAUGCAGAUGAAUCCAAGUGUUACGAUUGAACGCAAACGCGUCGACUGCAGUGUCCUGCCCAAGGGCUGGCAACGGGAUGAGGGCCGAAAGUCGGGCAGCAGCAGCAGUAGCACUAGCGCCACCACCACGACCAGCGGCAGCAACAACAACAACAAUAAAGUGGAUGUUUUUUACUACAGUCAAACAGGAAAAAGAGUUGAAGGAAAGCAGCAGCAGGGGGGCGAGGUUUUUGACAUUGGAAGCUUUGAUUUCCAGUCCGGGAAGCUGCAGCAGCGCCAGCUGCCCUCACCAUCGAUCUCGCUGUAUCGCUGCAGUGCCAUGCCCCUGCCAAUUGGUGCUGGCGGCGCUGGAGCUGGAGCUUCACUGAAACGGAAAUAUGCCAGGGCUCAGGCAAACAGCAGCGGUGGCGGCACAGCAGCAGCAUCCACGCCAUCGACAGCGACCGUAGCAGCAGCGGCAGCAGCACAACCAACAACAGCAGGCUCAUCAUCCUCCACCGCGGGUGGCGGAACGUCCAGCAAUCUGCGUCAGCAACAGCAGAUGGAACUCAGUCGAGCCCUGCGCACAGAUGUCUCCCUGGUGCCGCCCAUACGACAGACUGCCUCCAUAUUUAAGCAGCCGGUGACGGCGAUUGGAAACCACAGCCAGGAUCCCAGCAAGGUGAAGCACGAUGCCAAGCAUGGGGCCCAGGAGAAGCCCAAACAGUUGUUCUGGGAGAAAAGGCUGGAGCGACUGCGCGCUUGUCACGACAAUGGCGAGGAGCUGGACGAUAUAUCACUGCCCAAGACCAUACGCACUGUCGGCCCAAAUGUCAACGAACAGACAGUCCUGCAGUCGGUAGCCACAGCCCUGCACAUGCUCAAUGCGGGUGUGCAUGGCCAGAGCUCGACCAAGGCCGAACUCACCAAGAAUGCGAUGGCAUUCAUGAACCCCGAACAGCCGCUCAUGCAUGCAGUCAUCAUUUCCGAGGAGGACAUACGCAAGCAGGAGGAUCGCGUCGGUGUGGCGCGUCGAAAGCUACAGGAUGCACUCAAGACAUGAGUGCACAGCCCAUCCAUCAUCUACCAAUUCCAUUGUAGAAUCUACCAACAUCUCUAUUUAUCAUAUUGACGACCUUUUUCGAAAUUUACAUUUAAGCCCUAGCGUGUAAUAAAACUCUACCAAGAACCACACCGAAA